AUGCCUUUUAUUCAAGCCCCUGCCAAGAUCCUGCUCACGGGCGCCAAUGGCUACUAUGCAGCACAUGUCAUCAAAGACCUCCUUGACCAUGGAUAUGCCGUCGUUGGAACUGUUCGCUCCGAAUCCAAAGGCCAAGAAUUAGCCAAAAUCUUCCCCGAGCACGCCGAAAAAUUCAGCUAUGCGGUAGUUCCGGAUAUCGUCAAGGCCGGAGCAUUCGAUCAAGUUAUCGAGCAAGGAGGUUUUGAUGCUGUUGCGCAUGCCGCAUCGCCAGUGGUUGUUCCGGGGGGCACAUUCGAAGAUUUCGUCAAGCCAGCCAUUGAUGGGACAGUCGGGAUUCUCGACAGUAUCAAGUCUUACGGGCAAACCGUCAAACGGGUAAUUGUCACAUCAUCCACAGUGUCAGUGUAUACCUCUCAAAAAGACGUCGUGCAUAACGAAACGCACUGGAAUGAGCCCAUCAUAAAACAUGUUGAGGAACAAGGAGAAAAGGCGGCCUCCAUUAUGAUUUACAUCUACUCCAAAACUCUUGCUGAGAAGGCUAUCUGGAAGUGGUGGUCCGAAAACAAGCAAGGCGUCAAUUGGGAUCUAGCAACCAUCAACCCUUCGUUUAUGAUUGGAGCACCCAUAAACGCUGUUUCCUCCCGAGAUCAACUAACAUCCACCAACGCGGUUCUCUCCUCCAUCCUUGCCCCGCACACGGACCUGUCCGAGAGAGCAUGGCCUGUCACACACGUCCGAGAUGUCGCAGCCAUCCACUCGGCAUUGUUCGAACGUGCGGAAGACGUAAGCGGCAGAAGGGUUAUCGUCGUAGGUAGUGAGCCCAGUUGGCAGGAUAUGUACGACGCGCUUGCGCAAUUCUCGGGAGUUCCUAAAGGGGUUCCCGGUGUAGGAACUAAUCCAGAUACCGGAUCCCCGUCAUGGGAUACAACAUACGCCCGUGAGCUACUUGGGAAGGAGUUUAUCGGGACGAAGGAUAUGUUCAUCGAGACUGAGGAGUAUUACAGGCAAAAGGGAUGGUCGUACUUUGUUUGA